GCACAUGCUAACAUCACAUGACAUACGGUCUCCUCCGUUUAGCAGUCCAUGUCAUCAGCAGCAACACAAAGACACACAGCGGCGGAGGAGAACGCACGCAUCACCGAGACUCAAUCCUGAUUAAAAAGUAGCCGGCUGUGCAAACGUAUUGAGCUCUUAUUUAUAAUUUGUACGAAAGAAACGCUUUGUUACUGUAGAUUUUUGUCAACCAUGCCAUGGAUAUUUUGUGGCAGUACCAGUUCCGGAUAAUCUUGCUAGGGGACUCGACGGUGGGCAAAUCUUCUUUGCUGAAGCGCUUUACAGACGGCGUGUACAGUGAUGUUGCUGACCCUACCGUCGGAGUGGAUUUUUAUGCACGGUCAUUAGAGAUCGAGCCGGGGGUGAAAAUUAAGCUGCAGCUUUGGGAUACGGCUGGGCAAGAACGAUUCAGGUCCAUUACCACCUCUUAUUACCGAAACUCUGUGGGCGGGCUCCUGGUCUUUGACCUGACCAGUCGGAAAGCGUUUGAACACGUGCGGGAGUGGCACAGGGAGGUGGCAGAGCACGUCAAGCCACACCACAUGGUCUUCAUCCUGAUCGGGCACAAGAGCGACCUGGCCAGGGAGCGGCAGGUCCCACGGGAGGAGGCGGAGAAGCUGGCAGCCUCGCUGGGGGUGCGCUACAUGGAGACGUCCGCCAAGAACAACAGCAACGUAGACCGAGCCUUUGAGAUGCUCACCCGAGACAUCUACCAGCUCAUGAAGGCCGGAGACAUCGUCACCCGCGACGGCUGGGAUGGGGUCAAGAGCGGCCUCAACGCCAAAAUCCUGUACCCACCCGAGCCGGAGGCACAGGAGAGCAAGUGUCAAUGCUAACAAGCCUUAAUGUGAUUCCCCUCUCCAUAGGACCUGGGUCUCUGGGGAACCACCCUGCAUCAUCUUCACUGCUGAAGGCAAAGGCAAGCAGGUGCCGUUGUGAACAUCGUUCACCUCUGCCUGCUUCCCAUCCUGCUGCUCAUACACCAAGCAUUCAUUGAUCUGCUCAACACCAGGGCCGAUAUCAGUUCUGGAGCACAGCGACUGGAAGCGAGGACAGGUGUGUUUGCUAAUGCCUGCUUUGCAGGAUGUUUUGAAGAGCUGUUGUUGGACAGAAAUUGUGUCAACAAUGGCUGGGGGUGGAGUCUUGGCUGAACCUCAGUAGCAACAACUACUGGGCCAUUUCUACAGAGCGAAAGAGCAAAGGGUAUGUGUAUGGCCACCAGUUCAUUCCCUUUGUUUGACCAUCUUGAAAGGGCAACCAAUGUUAACAGGUGUUGUAGUAACAGCUCGCUCUAUACAGUAAUUUGUUAAUUAUUCACACAGACUGUAUCGUCUUGUAGAGAUACCAGCUUAAUGUUUAUAUCACGUAGUGAAGUAUCACUCUAGAAAUCAUUUCACCUUCUGAUACUGGGUGUCAAGAUCUUUUGAACCCCGUGAGCGAGUUCACUGUCUGUCACAGCAGUGUCACGACUUUUAUCAUUUUUAUCUAAUUCGUUACUCAAAUCCAUGUUACCUGGCACUUUCUUACUUCAAGAAGUGCAGAUAGUGCAGCAAAGCUACGUCUUGGUAGGUCCCCACCACUAUCUCAUUUUAUCUUGAUGAAAGCCAAGUCCAAUAUUAGGAUGAAGUCAAUAACAGCUACUCUCAUGUAAUAAAAAAAAGUACCAAUUUCCUAGUCUAGUAACAAAGUUUAAUAAACAUUAUGCUUUUAUACACAAGAAACAUGCAUAGAGAACAGCUAAAAACACAGCCUUGCAAUGCUGAGGGAUGGCAGUCCUCCAGAGUAGCUGAGACCUGUAGUGGGCAGUGUAGGGAAACUCUUUAUUGUAGCAGCCCACAAUGGAAUUAGAACAAUAAAACUCACCUUAUAGAAGUUAUUUACAACUGUGUGGAAAAAGGGAAAGCUUUAAAAGUGACGCACAUGUGUUUUUAUUUUUGUAAUGUAUUUUUAAUAUUUUUUAUCGCAGGACAAAAUUCUAAAGAAUUUCCUGCUAAAGAAAGCUAGUUCUCAAAUAAGUCUUGCGCCUAUGCAUACGUGAACCGAUCUUUCUGUUUAAUGUGUACCGUAUUAACCCUUUGCACAUGGCUAACUUUCAUUAAAGUUUACAAAUUAAUUUAUAACAAGUUUUAAACCUGAGAAGUUUGCAGUACUGCAACAGAUUAUGGUUGUUACAUUCUUCAACUUAAAUAAUCUAUAGCUGUCCAUAGCUUCCUAUAGAUGUUUAUACUAAAACAUUUUACAUGGUCUUCAUUUCUUAAAAUCCAAGAUUAAGUUUACAGUGAUAUAAAUGACAACUAUUACAAUACAGAAUAGAUAGAAAGAAUAGACAAACGGUCUAGUUUUAAAAAUACGCACACACACAAAUCUUCUGUCCUCCCACACCUCUGUAGAUAAACCACUGCAUUCUUCCUCUGGAAAGCAGCUUCAAUACAGAGUCUCAAAGCCCCUUCAUAAUCACUGAGCAAUCACUGAUGGAGACAGCCCCCCCUGGAGGGGGGAAGACCGCAUAUCAUAUUGCACCAGCAUCGCAUUAUAGACCAGCAUCCAUCUUUCUCCGAUAUAUCAGUGGUGAUUUUUUGGCAUGUGGAUAAGAUGCUAUUCUGCCAGUUCAUUUGAAGUCUCCGAUUUAACUACUGACUGACUUCUGAUAUCUUAACCCUUAUUGAUCACUGCAAAAAUGGGAAAUUACCAAGCAGCGUGAUUUGACUGGUAAUUUUGUCAUUAGAUUUGAAUGAAUGCAAGGAAGAUUCCAAAAUGAGAUCCG